GAUAAUGAAAAGUGUAUGAGGAAAUGUGUCAUUGUUUUAUCAGAAUUACAAGGCUGGACGGGGUCUCCUGCGUUAUCACCGGUACCGGCCCAUAGACGCCGGGAAUUACCUCAGAGCAACCGUCCCAAAGUAACGCGAAGCGCUCCUCCGAGACACGUGACUCGCACAUCGUCCUCCCGGCCGGCAGAGGGCGCUCAUCACAGCGGCGCCGGCUCGGCCCAUUGUCUGUGUUGUGCAGAGAGAAAGAGAGCGGGGGAGGACUCGGUGUACGCAGCCCGUUAUAUAAGGCCGGAGCGGAAGGAGAGCGGAACCGGGAGAAGAUCAUCACCGGGUACUGCGGGGGAGAGGACGGCUUACCGAAAGUUAGCCAACAUGUUUAACCAGCAGCAACAACAGUUCCAUCAGCUGAUCCAACUUCAGCAUCUUCUGCAGCAGCAACAGCACCAGCACCAGCACAAUGUACAACCAGCAGCACACCACCCACCCACUACGCAGCACCCUCUGCCUGCCCAGCAUGGUGGCUCCAGGUCUAUUACAAAUCAGGUCCAGCAGUCGCAGCAAAUGUUGAACUUGCGACAAGCCAGCCCUGCCAGGCUUCUCAACGCUCAUCCCAUGAUACAGCGAGCUCUACUAAUGCAGCAAAUGCAAGCAGGUAAUCUCCGAGGUCUCAACAUGGUUGCCCCUCCAAUGCCGCCCUUCUUUCCCACAGCUGCAAGGCACUCCAUUCUGGGCAUUCCUCCUAUGGGUGUCACUGUGAAGGCUUCAAAUAGGACUUUCCCACAACUGCCAUUCACACAUCCUCGGCAUUAUCACAAGGACCACUACAAAAGCUAUGACACAAAGAGAAAUGGAGACCCAAGUUCUUCCCUUCCUGAAACCCACUUGGAGCAAACCAAUGCUGAACUGCCCCCUACUGCAUCUGAGGCUGAUGAAAAUAUCACUUCAGAAGAGGCCGAAAAUCUAACUGAAUGCAGCAUUACCGACCCCCUUGAACCUUCAGCCAAGAGAGCAAGGAGCUCCGAUGGUGGUACGGAUGAGGACAGCUUCACUGUUGAAGGGACAGCAGAAGAGCGAAGUGUGGAAUCUCAGUCUUCUGAGGGGGUGAGUGGAGGACGCGCCCUAAAAGUGACCAUCCAGCUUCGAAGUGAAAGUCGUACUACAGCUCUACAACCCACCUGUCCUGAGAAAAACAGCACAGCCGGGGGCUCUGUGCAAAAUCAAGCCAGAUUCUGCUGCUAUGUGUGCAAAACCAGCUACCACAAUCUACAGAACUUCCAGUCUCACCUGGUGACGGCGCAACAUCAGCAUAAGAUCCAGGCGAUUGAACAUCUCAGUAAUGCCUGUCUGGUAACCCUUCUGCCCACUGCCAGGGAGAGUCAAGGCAGCAUUGACAACAAAGAUGGUAGAAAGAAGCAGCUGAGAUGGUGCAAUGUCUGCCAAGUCCACUUUAGCUGUGACCUCAUCAAACACCGUCGGACUCAGGAACACAAGAUGGCAAAACGCUCCCUAAGGCCAUUCUGCACAGUGUGCAGCCGCCACUUCAAGACGCCACGCAAGUUUGUAGAGCACAUGAAAUCUCCAGAGCACAAACAGAAGUCACAGGAGGUGAAGCUUUCUGAAAAGGAGCCAUGGAACAUGGAAGAGUCAGAGGAUUUGAUCACGGUGGAUGCAGUGGGAUGCUUUGAGGACGAGGAUGAUGACGAGGAGGAGGAAGAGGGCAUUAGUGCAGAUGAUACUGCGGAGGACCCAGAGAGCUUUAUGGUACAGGGAGAGGACAGGGGUGCUGACCGUGAAGAAGAGGAAUACAAACCAGACACUGUCUAUGGCCUGGAUUAUAUGGUCCCCGUCGAGGGUUCUCUCUGCAGGCUGUGUCACAAAUUCUAUCCUAGUGACUCUGCUGCUCGGCUCACACACUGCAAGUCCUUGGUGCAUUUUCAGAACAUCCAGAGAUACAAAGCUGUAAAGAAUCGCAUGGCUACCCAAGGCGACGUUUCAGCUUUAAAGUCGGAGGAUGAAAAGGAGAAAACGACUAGCACUACCAGUCACAAAGAUGAAGACUUGCCUAAUCUGGCAGAGAAGAGCAGCUCUGUACCAACAAAGCUGACCAGCGAGAAACGCGCAAGAGUACACAUUGGAAGUGGCAAUGAGCAUUCUAAUGCAGGCUUUGAUGCUGCUGUGAGUACAAGUGAAGAGGAUUCUGGGUACCUUAUGGAGCCAGAGAUGCAGCUUGGCAAAAAUGAAGAGGGAGAAGAAGUGGCAGUUGACCAGGAAUCUGCCUAUAAUGAUGGCACACUGAGCCCUGUCCAUGACCAACUACUAUAGGCCUACAAACCUGGCUGCAGUAGUGUUUAUUAGUGAUUUCUAUGGGGACAAGUGUUAGGGAGGCAUUCUGGUAAGUCCCAGUGAGCGAUGACAAAACACAGAUGUUAGGUUAUUUUAAAGUUAGUGUAUCCUACAGAUGGCAUCUCCAUAAAUGAAGGAAGUAUUCACAGCAUAACUGUGACUUUCGACUUUGUUGGGAAAGAAAAUACUAAUGCAUUUACUCUUACAUUAUGUGGAAGGUAGGUUCGCAGUUCUUAGAAAGAGAGCAAAAACGGAUGCUGAUGUAGGAUAAAAAUGUAAACUUAGCCUAGCAGCUGUUUUUUUUUUUUUCUUUCUUUCUUUUCUCAAACUAAAUUGUAAUGUGACCACGCAUGCCCAGCUAAGGCUAUGUGUGCGGUCUGUAUGGUGUAAUAGUAAGUGUGUAUUAAGGCCUAGGCACCUGGCCUCAGAGUGAUGCUAGAUAAAUAAGCACCACAUUCCUAAGCUAGAGAGCUACUGCUGUUUUCAACAAGGAGGUAAAACCAUCUGCAUGACAGUUAGUGAUGUUUAUAUAGUUCAGGACAGUUGGUAACGUGGCACAGAUUGUAAAGUACAAGUGGCCACUGGCUUACUUACUUGUAAUUUGGAUAAACUAUUUUUUUCUUUCAUUAUAUGUAGAUAGGUUAUCUUGUCAUCUCUUCCUGACCAUGACCACCCCCUCUCUCCCCAUGCUGUCUCAUAUUUGCUUCUGAUAUUACAUCAGAUCCCAAACUCUAUAUCAUACCUGAUAUAGCUGGCAAGUUGCAGUAGAAGUUGAAGGAAUUAUGACAAAUGUUUAAGCUCAUCCAACCAAUCUGAGUAUGCUCAGCAGAUUAUACCAUCUAGGAUGAGGUUGUUUUAGACAUAAAUGAAAAGGUAUAGUUAUGUCCUUAUACCACAUAUCUCCUGUAAUUAUUCUGAAUCAGACUGGGGUUGUCCAGCUUCUGAAAUGUGAGCAAGCCUGUCUUGAAUUUUUAAUGUAUAUUUAUAUUGACCAUUUAGAUGCUUGUUUAGAAAUAUAAAAAUAAUUGCUCUGAGUUUUCCUUAUGCAGCUGCAAAAAAAAAAAAAAACACAGGUAGGACAUUUUGAUCAAUUGGUAAAAUCAAAUAGAUUUAGUAACAAAAAUUAGGAAUGGAAAUUGCCCAGAGUGGUUUAAUAGGCAAAACUGCGUGAAUCAAUAUUUUUUGAUUAAAUGGCAAACCUACAAUUUUUUUUUUAUUAUUUAUAAGUCGGUCUCUCAGUGUUUACAUUAUUUUAGCAAGAGACUGUCAAUUUAGCAGCGCUUUUGGUGACAGGCUGCAGUACCCCAUUUGUGCCUGUAGGUGGUACUUUGUGACACAGAAAUAUGUCUUGUUGUAUUUUUACAUUAUGAAGCUCCAAUAAUGUACUGGAUGUAACUAUGAUACAGGCUUGAAGAUUUGGCAGAUUGUUAAUGAUAAAAAUCAUACAGUGGAUCUGGAAGAUUAAGCUAUUUAGUGGUCUGCAACUACAUCCAUACCCAGCUGACGGUGGCCCUAAAAGUGGAUUCUUACUAAUAUAUAGAUGCAUUCCACAUUAACGGCAACAGGGGUCACUUGUAGAGACUUAGUUCAUGAUCAAGCUUAUUGUUUUGUUAAAUUUGACCAGCUAUGUCUAAUGUUUUUGAAUUGAUACUGUAUUUAUAUUCCAAUCAAGCUAUUCCUGAAACUCCCAUAAAGGACUGUAUGUGCUCUACAGUGUCUAAUGUAGGGUUUGUAGUGUUACACGCAUUGCCUCGGAGGAAGAAAGUGGAAUAAGUUAUAUACAUAAUAUAAUAUGUAUAUUGUAAUUGGCAGGGUAUUGUGGAGACAUUUCUGGUGUUCUUAGUUGGGACCUCAAGUUUCAGGCUUGAACAUGAUGACCACCUUAGUUGGAUAGGGCUGUGUAUAUAAUAGGGCAUUUACCAUAGGCCAGUACUAGCAACUUACAAGUAAUGGACUUUAGCUUAUAACCAUUCAAAGGAGCUCCUAUCUCUACCCUAUGGUGGUACAAUAGGACACCUGAACAGAGGAUGGGUGGAGGUUACCACUGAGGAUUAGGAUUGUCAUUCUGGUUCGAUGACCCCCCUCUGACUGCCUUUCCUGGUCUACAUGUUUGUAUCGGAUUGAUGUUUAAAAAAAAAAAUCCUAUACAGGAGCAUCAGACCAUGCUUUUUUCUUUUUUCUUCUUCCAUCAAUUAUUUGAAAAGUGAUAGAUUUUACCCUUUGAAGUGAUUGUAAACGCUUUUUCUCUUUUUAAUAAACAUGUUCUACUUACCUGCUCUGUGCAAAGGUUUUGCACGGAGCAGCCCUGAUCCUCCUCUUCGAGUCCCCUGCCAAGUUCCCAUCAUAGCAAGCUACUUGCUAUGGGGGGGGGGGGGGGGGACUUGUGUGGGUCAUUUCUGAGCCAGCUCUGUGUGUUCAUUGACACACAGAGCAUGGCUCGACCUGCCCCUCACUGGCUGUGAUUGCUGGCAUAGGGAGCCAAUGGUUUCACUAAGCCUAGGAGGAGGGAGGGAGCCGCGGCGGCGGGUGUUUUAGCUGCAUGCAGAAGGGUAUACAUUCGUUCCCUCUCCUACUUUAAAGUGGUUGUAAAGACACAAGGUUUUUUACCUUUUAUGCAUGAAGC